ACCCCGGCCGCUUCCGAUUGCUUCCGUUUACAUUCGGGUCGUAAGUCGAAUGUAAGGGCGAAGUCUUCCCCAGCAUUGAGGACACCUGGGAUCCAAUUAUUCAUCCUACUGCACGUAGUUGAAGCACAGAUGUCCAGUCAAGUCAGGCUGAGGCUGCUGCCCAGUGCCAGGUGUCUGUUCGAUGAGCCCGUCCAGGUGAAAGUGGCCGGUCUGAGGUCCAAGCAGGUGGUCACCAUGAGAGCCAGAUCCACAGACGAGAAGGGAGUGGUCUUCAGCUCCUCGGCCACCUACAGGGCAGACAGCAGCGGGGAGAUCGACCUGAGCAGAGACGCCUCCCUCAGUGGGAACUACGUUGGGGUCGAACCCAUGGGUCUGCUGUGGUCUAUGAGGUCAGACGUCUUGCACAAGAGGUUUCAGAAGACAAACUCCCUGAAUCCCCAUGUGGUGAACUUCUCUGUGCAUGAAGAGGAGGGCAGGAUGGUGGCUGAGGCGACCAAUGAGAGGUUUCUGAUGGGAGACGGGGUCAGCCGAGUUCCCGUCAAACAGGGAAAUAUUCGUGGGGUGCUUUUUACUCCCCCAGGAGAAGGGCCGUUCCCUGCUGUGUUGGAUCUGUACACGUUUGGUGGCGGUCUGUCGGAGAAAAGAGCCGCUCUGCUGGCCAGCCGGGGAUUCUUGGUUCUGACGGUGGCGCUGUACGGUCACGAUGACAUGCCCAAGAACAUUAAAGAAGUCCAUCUGGAUUAUUUUGAAGAAUCCAUCAAAUUUCUGAAGAACCAAGAUAAGGCGGGCAGUAAUGGAGUCGGCGUCAUCUCCCUUUCUAAAAGUGGAGAUCUCGCUCUGUCUAUCGCAUCGUACCUCCCAGGAGUCCAGGCUGUGGUCUGGAUCAACGGCUGCUCCGCUAAUGUAGCCUUUCCCCUUUAUUAUAAGAAUAGACAGAUUCUCUCAGCAUUGAAGUUUGACAUCAACAAAGUGACUUCCACAGAGUCUGGAGCCAUUUUCACCAAAUAUGGCAUGCAUGAUCCUCUGAAGGAGGAAAACAAGGCAUCCUUGGUGCCUAUCGAACGAGCAAGCGGACGAUUCCUGUUUGCAGCUUCAGAGGACGACUUCAACUGGGACAGCAAGGCCUAUAUGGAUGAGAUGGUGGACCGACUAAAGCGCCAUGGGAAGGAAAACUUUGAGAGUGUGAGCUACCCUGGAGCUGGACAUUAUUUAGAGCCCCCGUUUGGACCGUACUGCCCUUCCAGCUUCCAUGGGGUCGUAGGUAUGCCAGUCCUGUGGGGUGGGGAGCCGAGGGCCCAUGCUGCUGCUGAAGUCCACCUGUGGAAGAAGAUCCAGGAGUUCUUCAGAACUCACUUAAACUGUGACGAAACUCAAACUAAAUCCAAGUUAUAAUGCUGCUGUCUUUCAAUCAAAAACAAGUCAAGAUAUCUAAACAAGAGUUUUGGGCUGAAAGGAAGAUCUAUUACUCCAAAGAUGACGAGAAAAAAGGCAGAUUACAGUUUGAAAAUGAGCAAUUAAAGCAAACCUUAAUCCAAUCUAUAUAAACUCAUGUUUUUGAAAGCAAUUUAAUUAAAAAAACACUAUGGUUAUGCCAUUUAGAAAAUAGAAACAUUUUAGUAACCAUAGAAAUAUUUCAGUAACCAAACAUAGAAAGUUUGUUCCAAUUUAAUAUCAAUUAGAUGAAAAAUAGUUUUUAUGUAAUUUUCUACCAUUUUAAUUCAUGAAAGUCUGGGUUUUUCUGGAAGUGAAGCAAUGGCACUGUCAUAUUACCCUAAGAAUGAAAAUUCUUGCUGCUUUUUAACUGAAUGCUUGUUGUAACAUUAAUUGUAAUAAAACAUGUUGAGAGCUGAUUAUCUGUUAGGACAGCUUUCAAAUAGAUUCUUUCUCUAACAUACUUGAGAUAUUUUUUAUUGUUUUUAUUUUACUGCAUUCUUGGGAAAACACAAUUUCUUGUAUCUAGUUUAUUACUGUUAUUUUGUAAAAGGAAUUGAUUUUUUUAUAUUCCAAUGUUCUGCUUUACACUAUUGUCCAUUAGGUGGCAGCAAAUAUGCCCUCAAAACAGAGGGUAGAAAGAAGAAGAAUGUAGUAGAGACGGGAGUACUGACGUCACAUGCGCCACAUUGUAACCAUAGACACGAAUAAGGUUGUAACCGUUAAGUUGCGUUUAGAGUUUUGGGCUUUGUGGAGGAACGCCGACAUGACCGGCCAUCGCUGCUGUAUUCACGGCUGUUCCAGUCGUUCACACGG